AUGGAUAGAGCAAUUGAAUUUCAGCCACAAAAGCAGAGAGUCAAAGACCAAAAGUCUCGUGACUCAACCCACGCCACCUACGUUGUCGCUGCUGCCGCCGCCGCUAAUCCAAGAUGCCAUCAGAUGUUGGAAUCCCUUUCUUGUUUUCUUGGAGAGUUACUGAAAACCUAG